AUGUCACAGAAAGGCCACUACAAGAGGUUUUCAAGAGAAGGAUUUCAGCCUCUUACCCAUAAGCAAUCUGGGGAUAUGGCGAACCCUAACGACGUUACGAUUGAUAUCCCCUUGACCAAAGUCAGCACCUCUGGCAGCGCCACUGGUGCCCGCAAGGCCGAUGCCCUUUCCCCUUCUCGUUCCCGGUACAAUGACGAAUUCUCGGAAAAAAUGGACGAGAAACAAGACCACCACUUCCACAGAGGUCCGGCAGGCAGGAGAAGACGGUUGCAAGAUCGGGCGCGGCAGAACCAGGACAGGGAAGACGGCACUUUGAACGCUGUGGGCAGAUUUUACAAAAGACUCUACAACUUCUCUGUGUUGACCCGUUAUUUCAUCUAUGUCGCACCGCUCGCGUUGGCAAUCGCAGUCCCCAUCGUUGUUGGUGCCACAGUCGCUCCUCGAGCACGCAUUGGCGGCGUCAAGAUCUUGUGGUUCUUCACUUGGAUCGAGGUGGUGUGGGUGUCGCUAUGGGCCUCGAAGCUUGUGGCUCAUUUCUUACCAUUCCUCUUUCAGUUCAUUUGCGGAGUGGCCAGUCCUGGCACAAGAAAAUACGCCCUCGUUCUCAGCUCGCUUGAGAUCCCCCUCUCGCUGGUUGGCUGGGCUGUCACGUCCCUGGCCACGUUUGUCCCUAUCAUGACGUUAAACCCUGAUCAAAGAUCACGCGGUGAAACAGGCCUCAAGCCCUGGGAGUCCAUUGUCAAGAACAUUCUCUUUGCCUGCGUCUUCUCCACGUUGCUCUUGCUCGGCGAAAAGGUCCUUAUUCAGCUUCUCUCCAUCAGCUACCACCGUAAGCAGUUCGAUGAAAAGAUCAAAGAGUCGAAGCGCAACGUUCACCUGGUAGGCUUGCUCUACGAUGCGUCUCGAAAGCUCUUCCCAGAGUACUGUCGGGAAUUUGCUGAAGAGGAUUACCUCAUCAACGACGUUCUGGACUUGGGGGGACACAGCAACCGGAACAGCAUGUUGCCUGGCCACAAACGUUCUGGCUCGGCGACUCCCAUGAAAUUGAUCCACAAUGUUGCACGGGUUGGGGACAAGGUCACAGCAGCAUUUGGCAAUGUUGCCCAGGAAAUCACCGGGAAAAAGGUCUUUAAUCCCACGGCCUCGCAUUCGAUCGUGGUUCAGGCUUUGGAAAAGAAACAUUCCGCCGAAGCCCUUGCUCGGCGUCUUUGGAUGUCUUUCGUCUUGGAAGGGAAGGAUGCUCUGAGCUUGGAGGACAUCAUUGAUGUCCUCGGCCACGAUCGAGAGCAAGAAGCUCACGAAGCCUUUGAGAUUUUGGACAUGGAUUGCAAUGGAGACAUUUCUCUCGAUGAAAUGGUCCUUCGCAUCACCGAGUUCGGACGAGAGCGCCAAUCCAUCGCCAGCAGCAUGCAUGAUGUCGAUCAAGCUAUCAAUGUCCUCGACAACCUGCUGUGCACAGUCGUCUUUAUUGGCGUCAUAUUCAUCUUCGUCGCGUGGCUGAACCACAACUUCACCACCACACUUGCUACAGCAGGCACUGCCCUUCUCUCGAUGUCUUUCGUUUUCGCGACUACUGCGCAGGAAGUUCUGGGGUCUUGCAUCUUCCUGUUCGUCAAGCAUCCGUUCGACGUGGGUGACCGGGUCGACAUUACUGAUACCCAAUACGUGGUGGAGCGCAUGUCUCUUCUUUAUACCGUGUUCCGGCGGGUGAAGGAUCACAAGCGGACUCAAGUUCCCAACAUCAUCCUCAACUCUUUGUGGAUUGACAACGUGUCCCGUAGCAAAGCCAUGCGCGAACAGAUCCAGCUGUAUGUCAGCUUCGACACGACAUUCGAAGACAUCGAUCUGCUCAAGAAGGAAAUGACCAACUUCGUCCGCGAUAAAGACAAUGCACGCGACUUCCAACCGGAUAUCGACAUCGAGGUGACCGGCGUGGCGGAGAUGAACAAGAUGGAGCUGAGAAUUGAGAUUCGGCAUAAAUCUAACUGGGCCAACGAGGCCAUACGAGCGGCGAGAAGAAAUAAAUUUAUGUGCGCCCUCGUCAUCGCAAUGCGGAAAGUUCCACUCUACGGACCAGGUGGUGCCGGUCCUCCUGCUGGUGACAAGGCUAACCCGACCUACUCGGUUGCGAUCAGCGACGAGAUCGCGCAGAAGAAUAAGGAGGAGUUUGUUGAGAACCUAGAUAAGAAGAGACUCGUGCCCCUCCUCGAGCAGAACAAGCCUCACCUCGACCUUUCGAAGCACAAAUCCCCUGACCACCUCGGCGCGGCAUCUGGAACAGAACUCAACGAAGCGUCAGCAGUUGACCAUUUGGUGAAACGCAAGGUGGCUGUUGAUCCCGAAGAGGUUGUGGACCAUGAACGAGAACUUCGGAUGAACAAGCAACGCUCGAACGAUGUUGAGGAAGUACGAGACAUUCUCAGACGGGAGUCGACCCGGGGUCGGCGGCGUGCAGCUCGCCACAGCGGUCUUUCAGUCCCCAGUAACGAGUAUGCAGGAGGGUCCCGCACAAUUCCUACUAUCCCCGACGCAUCACCCCAAGAGCCCAUGACCGCGACUCUCUCCGCGCCAGCCAGGGUUAGCUAUUUUGAAGACGCACCCCUCCCAGAGCCAGUCCAUUCGGCCGUGCCUCCGGGCUGGACGGCGACGGCGAUGGACUACAAUGUAACGGGUACGCCACCGCUCCAGCCAUCCUCACCUCAGAUGUCGCAAGUGUCAAGCUCUGCCAGUCCCGCUCGAUAUGUACCCGGCAACGCAUUCUCGCAGCGAGCUCAUGCCACGUCGCAGGUGCCGCGAAUGCCGGUGCCGGGGAUGCCUGAAAUGAAGAGAAAUUUGCAGACGUCCAAUCCUUCUUCUCCACCAAGGUGA